AUGGUCAGGUACUUUUUAGUUCUUACGCUGCUUUCGUUGAGCACUAUGACUAGUUCAACUUUUUCUAUUCCUUGUGAUCUGGAAAAUGAUAAAAAUCCUUCUAAGCCUUGCUCAAAUAUAAGUUCUUGGGAUUAUAAAAAUUUCUCAUAUUCCAAUGCUAAUGAGGAAUCAAUCUUUCAAAACUCAAAAGCAAACCAUCCUCAUGAAAAAUCAAAGAAAAUGAAGAUCGCGAUAAUCGGAUGUCUUUUUAUCGGACACAUAACCCCAACAAUUGACAUGGCGAAAUCCUUAAUAUCAAGAGGCCAUGAAAUUAUCUAUUAUGCUCCAAUACAAGCUGAAAAGCUAAUACAAGCGUCAGGGGCAAAAUUCAUCCCAUACCCCAGCCCACAAAUUUCAAAGCUUAAACCUGUUGAUAGUGUCAAACUGAAGCCAACUGAAAUUGGCUUAAUAUUUGUAAACAAAUUCGGCUCAUUUACUGACUCCCCCUCCGUGAGCAAACAAAAUCAUUAGAAAAAUCCCUAUUUUUUGCUCAAAAACCUACCCUCCGUGAGAAAACAAAUAGAAAAAUUUUUUAGGGGAAAAAAAUUUUGAUUAAUAAGUGAUAAUUAGUAUAAUGAAAUCUCGAGCUAAUUAUAUUUGAUUUUAAACAAAUUGCGUUUUAAAACAUAAAUUUUACAAAUUAAAUUAAUAUUUACUUUCCAAUUUUAUAUACAUAAAAUGGCCGGAGACGAGCGACCCGUCCUUCCGUGGCGGGUGUCCUUAUGUAUACCGGACAUGGUUUUUGGAUGCGGAGAGCUACUCAAGGGAAGAGUUAGCCUCGAGGCGAGAGGCCCAGCCCAAUUUCCGCUGAUUUUGGGACUCAACCCGGGCAGCAGUUUUUCGCAUUCUUUUUGCCAGUAGCGCCGAGGCCCAGACUCGGUGUCCGAAAGAGGCAGGGUGAGUUACCUGCCUAGGCUACUUGGUGGCUUAGCCCCGAAUCCCGCAAGGGGUUGAGUUCUUUCUUGGAGAUGAUCCGGGAAAGAGGGGAGGCGAAGCUAGACUUGGGGAUCUCAAGGGCACAAGUCUCUCCAGUUAAAAGGGUCCUCUCACGAGGGCGAUCUGGCCAACCGGAGGCAAAGAGACUGGCGUAAUUCGGGGCGGAAGGCUGAGUUGAAAAUAGUGGUGCUCGGCGGCAGUCGGCUGACGACUCAAUAGGGCAACCCACUACCGAGAAACCAGGGGUUUCGGCCUGGGCUCAGAGAACCAGUGAUGGAAGUCCAUCCUUUUCGCUCGUGCCAGCACGGCUCCUCAAGGAGCGCGGAGGAAUGCCACGCAUGGAAGUAGGGACUAUAAAUACACAUCUUAAACCUAACCUAACCUACUUUCCAAUUUUUGCGAAGUGAGAUUUUUUUAAAAUAAAUUAUAUGCAAUUUUACCCUCACCAUAAACAGCAAUAGCUGCUGCUUAUGGUGAGGGUAAAACAGCAUAUAUAAAUUUUAAAACAAAUUAGCAUCCUCCGUGAGCGAACAAGAUUUUUUUGUUCACUCACGAAGGGGGGGAGUGAGUUUAUUAUGCCAUGGUUUAAAGAGUCAUUUGAUAAAGAAAAUUUUGAUGCUGUCAUCUUUAGCUCAUUUACUGUCUGAGGAAAUACCGUUACCAAUUACUUCAAAAAGCCAUUUUUAUGCUUUGAGCCUUCUAUAUUGCCAGCAGAAGACGAAUUUUGGCUACAGACUCAUUUCUAUGAUGAUGGGAAAGAAGAGCAAACUAAAUUUGCUGAAAAGCUUCACAAUAAGUAUGAUUCUAUUGGAAAAAAUCUUGUAGAAAUGCUAUCAUGCAGUUAUGCAGAAAAAGUUCUAAUGUUUUCUCCUCAAAAGUUUCUUGAAAAAACUAUUUCAUCAAAAUUUCCCAAUCCUGAUAAAUAUAUAUUUUUAAACAGUGUUUCUUCUCAGACAUCCAAAAACCCUAUUCCUGAAUUGAAACAAAACAUAAAUUAAAUAUGGCAUCUCAGCUUAAGCAUGGCCCCGGCCAUGCAACCUUCGAGCACAUAUUUAAUUAUAUCCGUCAAGGUUUUACCAAGCUAGAAAUAGGCAGCUGUGCUAGUUAAGCAAAUCUUGUUGUGUAAGGAGCCUAGCCCUUGCCCAUUUUCUGACUUGAGUUUUACUUUGAGAUAAAAGGAGGUUUGAAAGUUAGAAAUGCAUUUACUCAGAAAGGUCCUUUGGGCCCAUCGGGCAUUUUCCCACCGUGAAGCCAGAUGGCUAUAAGUUUCCUUUUUGCCGAAAGUCGGCCAGAUAAUCUAUUUUAGGAUUUUCUGUGCAGGCAACCUCGUCGCUGCAGCCUGAAGCAAGGCCCCGGGAACCCGUAGUCUGCCCACCUAAAAUGGAGCUACCGCCUUGUAGCAAGGAGGAGGUGAUAGCCAGGCAACACGCCUUUCCGGCAAUCGGAAGUAGACAUUACCGCAAAGCGAAUGAAUCUCCUGGCGGGAUCCUCGUAAUCGAGCUAACAAAGUGGACUCUAGCCACCUAAUUAAGUAAGUAAUUAAGAAUUGAAAGAAAACAGUUUAAUAUAUUUCUCAUUAGGAACCAUAAUAAAUCAAAGACUUGAUAUUUUUGGCUCAAUUAUAGAAUUCUUCUGCAAUACAGGAUAUAAGCUAAAAAUCAGCUGUGGAGGAAAUGAAAAUCUUUAUCAAGAAAUUAUUUCUAAAUAUCAUUAUGAUAACAUCGAAAUUAAUUUCUUUGCAAGCCAGCUUGAUAUCCUCCAAGAAGCCACGAUUUUUAUUACUCAUUCAGGGCUCAAUAGUGUAAGAGAAGCAGUUUCUAAUACGGUCCCAAUGAUUACUAUUCCUCAGGGUGCCGAUCAGUUCGAAAUAUCCAGAAGUGUCACUGAGCUUGGACUAGGUGUCUCAUUUGAAGAUUAUGAAGGAAGCUUAGACGAUAAAAUCAAACUUGCUUUUAAUGAGAUUGAAAGCAAUUUUACAAAAUAUAAAGAAAAUCUAAAAAGGGCUCAAAAGUCGUAUUUCGAUGAGCCAGCUUAUAAAGAUUCCAUAUCAGAAGUGGAAAAUUAUUUACUUAAUAUAACUCAUAAGCUUUAA